AAUUCAGAGACGUGACAUAAUAUUAAAGGGGAGAAAGAGAAAGAGGUAACUUCGUCCACUCAUUUGAUGAACAAAAUAACCAAAGUAUGGCGUGUUCUUUAUCAAAAUGUUCCCUUCUGGUGAAAAUUGGCUUGAUGUUUAUGGUUAAUAGGAUACAUGUAUGUGCUGUAAAAACAAUCGUUUUAAAGCCUGUUGUUAGUGAUGGAACGGAUGUAGCGUUUAUAAUGGUCCCUGGGGCAUACGUCUCUGGAGAGCAGUACGCGGACCUAGGUGUGGCUCUACAAAAUGCAUCACCUCAUAAACUGUGGAUAGGACUAACAACGGACUACACUGGCAAUCUUGUAAAUCCAAUCGAACUUGGUGUUGCAGUAGUUGACGCUAAACAGAAGUUGAUAGAAGCUGGAAUGCCUGGGUCUGCAAAGGUGUUCCUCGCAGGACACAGUCUAGGAGGUGUAUUUUUGAAAAGGUUCGUUCACACUCACGUGGCUAGUACAGCUGGAAUGGUCCUCUAUGGCGCCUACUUUUCAAAGGGAGAAUUGGCCUCGUUUCCUGUUCCGACCUUGACCUUAUCUGGUGACCUUGAUGGGUUAACAAGAAUAACACGCAUUGCUUCCCAAUUUAAAGAAUUGAUGAGUUAUGUUGCUCAUAAUAAUACAGAUGGCAUUUGGCGUUUUCCAACUGUCAUACUCAGCGGUAUCAACCAUAGUCAGUAUUUUACAGGGAAUAUACCAAGCAAGGUGAUAAAAUACGACAUCACGCCAGAGUUAGAUGGACCAACUGCUCGAGAGAUGAUUGCAGAAGCAACUAUUGCUUUCAUGAUCAAAACAUUGGGUCUACCUAAAUUGAGAUUGCAACAUGCAACUUCUCACCUAGCAAAGUAUUACACAGAAAAUGAGGGACGAAUGGAACCCAUUUUUGAUUUAUUCGAUUUGGAAAAGACAGACGGGUCGUCGGGAUUCUCAAAGAUUGCACAAAGAGUUAUAUCAGGACUUCCAAAAGAGAACUGGAACAAACUACAGGUGUUCAACGAAGUCCAUAGCGGUGUUCAGUUUAUAUCAGAUAAACCCACCCUCAAAAUAGUAGGCAAUCAAGCUGUCAUAGCAACUUAUUCAGAUGUUGUGUAUCCAGAAAACAACAUGGACUCUUCAACUGUGAACGAAAGUGCAACAAACGUAACGAUUAAAAUGAAAACAUCUGAAGCCAUACAAGAACAGCUCAAUGGUAACUUAAGGUUCAAUACAAGUGUUAGCUGUCAAGACAUUAACAAGAUGGCGUACGAUCUUGCUCGUAGUUUGUCGUCUGCCCUGGCCUUACAAAGGUUCUCUGCGAUGAACUAUACAAUCAACUUUGCGGAGGAUAAAGUGGUUGAGAACGGACCUGAAUUCCUGAAUGAAGAGCUUGAAUUUUCCCAAAAUGAUAAAUCUAUUGUGAUUCGAUCCACUGCUCUAAAGACGAGCUUAGAUGCACCAUUCAAAUGCAUCGCGGGAGUCUAUUACUGUCAGGUUAUCUCUCCAGCUAGACUUUUAGAAUUCAUUUACGUUGAUAGCUUGAGGGGACAUACUUAGAAAGUGCAACAAUGCACGAUUUCGAUAAAUAUGGAUAUGAGUUUGCAAAGAACUACUUCAUACGGCACACUCGAUCUAACCAAGUAACAAGCUCUUCAUAACAUGCCUAUUGCCUAUCAGAGAGGCGUAUUCAAUAAUGACACAACGAUAUGGU